CGAAUUCGGCCUAGACUUUACGGUUCGAGCUGCUUGUAUCGAAAGAAGGAUCGGUAUGAGCACGACUCUUAAUUGCGCCGGUACUUUUGUACCUGGCGUAUCGUCUGACUGGUUUCUCACGUCAUUCGACUCUGCUCGCAAGCUGUCAGUAUGGCCAAAGGUUGGAAUGUCGAGUUAUCGGCGAGGAGUCAGAGUAAACUCCACCCUGGUUACCGGCACUUCUCAAGACCAUUCUUCAGAAUUGAUGAAUUUGGGAAGAACGUCGCUCCAGAUUUCAAAGCUCGGCACAGGAACUCUGCAAUGGGGUGAUCCUGGCAGUGGUUAUGGAAAGUCUUAUCGAGAAGAGGACCUGGCCGAGGCAUUUGACACGCUGGUUCAAGGGGGUGUCAACUUUUUUGAUACUGCCGAAGUACUGGUUUGAUAACCUCGAAACGCUACAAAAAUUAUUGAUCGUUAGGCUGUUGCCUGCGAGUGUGGAUGCACAUCUGUUAGUAUCCCUGGCACUCAAGACAUUAUCGAUUGGACCUUGCUUUUUCAGGUCUAUGGCUACCAGGGAAUCAAAAGUGGGACAUCUUCGGAGCAGUUGUUGGGCAAGUUUAUAAGACGGCCGUCUGGAAAUACAGGAUCUCCAUCCUUGACACCAGUCAUAGCAUCAAAAUUUUUCACAAUUCCGUGGACCAAUUUUCUUGUGGGUGGUGGGUUUAGGCUCGGUCGUGAGUCACUACUGGCAGCUUUGAAAGAAAGUUUGAAACGCACGGGCAGAGAACAAAUUGACCUGUAUCAAAUUCAUUUUCCCUUUCCUACCUUCAGCAAUUCGGCUUUGAUGGAGAGCCUCAAAGAAGCCGUAGAGAUGGGUUUAACAAAAGCAGUUGGUGUUUCAAACUACUCCAGGGAUCAGAUGGAGGAGGCAGAUGAUUUACUUGCGAAGUAUAAUAUACCACUUGCAUCGAACCAAGUCCAGUUCAGUUUAUUGUGUCAGACACCCAUUGAAGAUGGCCUACUUCGUGUAUGCCGGGAACGGUGCAUCACCCUAAUUGCGUAUUCUCCGUUAGCUUCGGGAGUUCUGUCUGAAAAGACGUUCACCAGAACUGAUUCUAGAUCCGUUCAGGUGCAACCAUUGUUAAAAUUGAUGCAAACGAUAGGAGCAAAUCAUGGAGGGAAGUCCAUCACUCAGGUGGCUCUGAAUUACCUAAUUUGUAAAGGUGCAUUACCUAUUCCAGGGUGUAAAUCAGCAGAAUUGGCAAGAUUACAGCUUGGAGUUCUGGGUUGGCGACUGGAAGACGCUGAAGUCGCCCUUUUGGAGCAGAGAAAACGAGACUUGAAGCUGUAAAUGUGCCUGCUGUGAUUAGCGAACAAGAUGUACGAUAGCGGACUUCUUAUAUGUAAAUGAUGAAUGUCCUUUUAAGGGGAACAAUGUUUAGCAGUAAUCUCGCAGCCUGAGGGUCCCUUGUAUUAAUAAAGCAUCCACAGUAAGAUACAUUAGUAUGGUGCCUUCAGUUUCCACCGAUUAUAUGAUCAACUAAAAAAUAUCACGGUUGUUCGAG